GGUGCCAUUGUCAGUAAUAACUUGUGUCGGGAUUCCAUGAUGGGAAAAGUAUCGGAUAAGUGCCUUUUCAGACACACGCGGUUUCCGUUUAUACGGCGACCGCAUACACGGAUGUAAUCGCUUCACAACUACAACGGUUUUCGUCCGGUUACCCAUUGUGACAUCAAUAGCAGUGUCGGGCUGGUGUUCAUAUUGGCAGUAUGGAUAGAAAAAAAACUAUAGCUUUAUUGUUUUUGUACAGACGUCGCUUGCGUCGUAGUAGAAAAACAUGGGAAAGAAUAUAUUGGAUUCAUCCAUAUGUUGCCAAAAGAAGGGAAUUAGGUGAUUUUUAUACGAAGUUUAUGGAUCUCCGAGAACAUGAGGAUAAGUUCUUCAUCUACUUUCGAAUGUCAAUUAAAUCAUUCGAUGAAUUACAUGAACGAUUAAAACCAUCAUUACAAAAAAAGAACACGGCCAUGAGGGAUUGUAUUGAGCCUAUACAAAUGUUGUGCGUCACGCUUAGGUAUUUGGCGAGCGGAUGUACAUUUACUGACUUGCACCUUCAGUAUAGACUUGGCAUUUCAACCAUCAGCGGUAUUGUUAAAGACGUUUGUUCUACUAUAUGGUGUUUAAUGUUGGGAGAGUGCAUACCUCCACCUACUAAAGAUAAAUGGGAAUCGAUUUCCCCAGAAUUCGAAACACGAGCCAAUUUUCCUCAUUGUAUAGGGGCAGUCGAUGGAAAACAUAUUAGAAUCAGUAAUCCCUUAGGUUCCAUGUAUUAUAACUACAAAGGUUAUUCGUCUGUAGUUUUAAUGGCUGUUGCUGACGCAAAUUAUCGCUUUGUGUAUGUAGACAUUGGGAGUUACGGAAAAGAUUGCGACUCAUCGAUAUUUAAAAGAUCAUCUCUUUGGACAUCAAUUAUUAAUAAUGAUCACGAAAUACCUAUUGAAAAAACUGUUACUGGAAUAGACAAUUGCAAAUUACCUUAUUAUUUCGUUGGAGACGAAGCAUUUGCCCUCCACCAGCAUUUACUUCGUCCAUUUGGGGGAUCUCAACUUACAAUAAAAAAAAGAAUUUUUAAUUAUCGUCUAAGUAGGGCUCGGAGGUAG